GCCUGGGCGACGUCCUGGGGGUGGAGGAGAGACAGGCUGGAGGCCACGGGCUGGGCCGGGUUUCCAGCCUGGGGAAUCAUGGCCCCCCAGGCCCCGAAGAGCCCAAUUCCAACUCUGCUCUGGGGCCUGAGCACUCUCUUCUUCUGCCUUCUUCUGGAUCCCGUGUGGCCUCAGCCCUCCUCCCCUUUGCCCCAGUCCUCCCCUCCCAUCCAACCUCACCCAUGUCACACAUGUCGAGGACUGGUGGACAGCUUCAACAAGGGCUUGGAAAGAACCAUUCGGGACAAUUUUGGAGGAGGAAAUACAGCCUGGGAGGAAGAGAAGUUAUCAAAAUACAAAGACAGUGAGACCCGCUUGGUGGAAGUGCUGGAGAGUGUCUGCAGCAAGUCUGACUUCGAGUGCCACCGCCUGCUGGAGCUCAGCGAGGAGCUGGUGGAGAGCUGGUGGUUCCACAAGCAGCAGGAAGCUCCUGACCUCCUCCAGUGGCUCUGCUCAGACUCCCUGAAGCUCUGCUGCCCCCCGGGCACCUUCGGGCCAUCCUGCCUGCCCUGCCCAGGGGGUGCCGAGAAGCCUUGUGGCGGCUAUGGGCAGUGCGAAGGCGAAGGGACUCGUGGGGGCAGUGGGCACUGCGACUGCCGAGCCGGCUAUGGAGGCGAGGCCUGUGGCCAGUGUGGCCUGGGCUACUUCGAGGCCGAGCGGAACGCCAGCCACCUGGUGUGUUCAGCCUGCUUCGGCCCCUGUGCUCGCUGCUCAGGGCCUGAGGAGUCGCACUGUCUGCAAUGCAGGAAGGGUUGGGCCUUGCACAACCUCAAGUGUGUGGAUAUUGAUGAAUGUGGCACAGAGAGGGCCACCUGCGGUGCCAACCAGUUCUGCGUGAACACAGAAGGUUCCUACGAAUGUCGGGAUUGUGCCAAGGCCUGUGUUGGCUGCAUGGGGGCAGGCCCAGGCCGCUGCAAGAAGUGCAGCCGUGGCUACCAGCAAGUGGGCUCUAAAUGCCUCGAUGUGGACGAAUGUGCCUCCGAGGUGUGUCUGGGCGAGCACGAGCAAUGUGAGAACACGGAGGGCAGUUACCGCUGCAUCUGUAUGGAGGGCUACAAGCAGCUGGACGGCGUGUGCGUGCAGGAACAGGCCCCAGAGUCAGCAGGCUUCUUCUCAGAGAUGACGGAGGACGAGGUGGUGGUGCUGCAGCAGAUGUUCUUCGGCGUCAUCAUCUGUGCGCUAGCUACCCUGGCUGCCAAGGGCGACCUGGUUUUCACGGCCAUUUUUAUUGGGGCAGUGGCAGCCAUGACCGGCUACUGGCUGUCGGAGCGCAGUGACCGUGUGCUGGAGGGAUUCAUCAAGGGCAGAUGAUGCACGCAGUCUCCACAUGCCAAGCCGGCUGUCCCAUCAGGGGUGGGGGUCCACACCUCUCCCCACCUUACAGAGCCCCCAGAAUCUCUGGCCUGGGCAGGCAAGGCCCCUCGGGUGCCAAGUAGCCUAACAGUGAAUCGCGAAGACAGUGGCCAGGAGGAGGGUGGGUGGAUAUCACCACCCACGGGCAAGAGAGUCAAGGGACUCCAGGUGGGGACCCCUGCCUAGGAUAGGGGAGGUACCUGCUGGGGGCACUGCCACAACUCCCGCCUGCCAGCUGCAUGCUGCCAGCUCCUUCCUGUUCCCUAGCCCUGUGCCCUGAUACUGGUUUAUUUAUUCAUCUCAGGAAAUAAAGGUCUGGAAAACGGA